AAACCCUCAGCACCAUGGUCAUACAGGUCAUCGAAAGUCGCUAUACAGUGGAGUAUGACGUCCUGGUCGCUUUCCUGAGUUCCAUAUUUGGAACCUCCUCAUGUGACAUUGUUGUACGAAUGUGCCUUCCAGAACACAGCCUGCAACGAGCGCUGCUGAUCAAUCACCAACAGAUACCUGACGAAGGAGAAAAGUGGAAAGUCAAUGUUCCACGAGAGCUCACCCGUGUACGUCACCCUAGCGAUAGAACUCUCGCGACGGUUCGACUGACCUGCAUAGGAUGAGCUUGUGGACUUACAAAGGAAGUUCAGGCAGGCGCUUGCCUAGUGGC